AUGGCGACCAGUGACUUCAAGCCCGAGGCGAGCGCCCAUGUCGAGAUUGUCGACGCGCACAAGAAGGCGGCCAAGCCCGUCGUGGGCACCAUUAGGCUUUUCGACGAAGAUGGCAUCGUCCUGAUUCCCACGCCGACCAGGGACCCCAACGACCCUCUCAAUCUGCCGACGUGGCAAAAGUACAUCAUCCUCAUCAUAGUCGGCCUGUACGCAGCCACGGGCAAUCUCAUGGCCAGCGGCAUCACUGCCAUCCUGCCCAUCGUGCAAGCCUCGUAUGGCGGGAAUCCAAAGACCAGCGACCUCGCAACAUGGCCUGCCUUCUACAUGGGCGUUGGCAACCUCCUCGCCAUUCCCGUUGCCCACGCCGUGGGGCGCAGGCCGGUAUACCUCCUGUCGACCAUUGUCCUGUCCUUUGGCUGCCUCUGGUGCGCCGCUAGUGGCAGCUUGGAAUCGCACAUUGCCGGAAGAGACGUCAUGUCCAUUGCUGCAGGUCAAGCCGAAGCUCUUUGUCCCAUCAUCGUCCAGGAGAUUUUCUACCUGCACGAAAGGGGAAACGUCAUUGCUUGGUUCUGCGCACUCCAGACUCUUGGUACUGCAGCCCUUAUCGUGUCCAGCUCGUACCUCGCCAGCGAUCUCGGCUGGAGGUGGUGGUAUGGCGUCUUUGGCUGCUUGAGCGGAACCAUUGCUGUUCUCAGUAUCAUCUUUGUCGUCGAGACAAAGUACGAGCGCACGCUGGAAGCACUGAAUGGUGAAGGUAUCGAUGAAGACGGGACGCUCGUUCCGGUAACAACCAAUACCAAGCGCGAGCUCGACACCAUCAACUAUGCACCGCGCAGCUUCAUCCGGGGCAUGUUGCCAUGGAAUGGCCGUGCGCACUGGUCAGAGGCCAUCGACUGCUGGAAACAGAUGUUUCAAAUCAUCUGGUUUCCCAACAUUAUCUGGCUCGUCUUGAUCAACUCUGCCGCGCUCGGCAUAUAUGUGCUCAUGUCGGCAUUAUUCGCCGAAGUGCUGGUCAAGCCACCAUUCCUCUGGAACUUCAACAUGCUUGGCUACGUCUUCGCCGGACAGGUCGCCACUGCAGUCGCGGUACCCUUCUUCUGUGGAUACUUGAGUGAUUUGAUCGUCAAGGUAUUGAGUAAGAGGAACGAUGGCGUCAGUCAGCCCGAGUACCGCUUCCUCGCGCUGAUUAUUCCACUCAUCUCCAUUCUCAUCUCGACAAUCAUUUACGGGAGAACGGCCCAGAAUCCCAACGAUUGGACCUGGGCAGGUAUCGCCGUUACGCUCAAUACCGAGUACUUUGGCUUUGUCGGUAUCGUGGUAUCCAGCUUUGUGUACUGCAUGGAUGCCUAUCCUCAGCGCAUCGAUGCUGCGCUCGUUCUCAUCUGCUCUUUGAGAGGUUUCAUUGGCUUCGGAAUCUCCUUUGGUUCGAUCAGCUUUGUGAACAGCGCGGGGUAUGAGGGUGCAUUCAACAUCUGCGCUGGAAUCGUGGGGGCCUUGAUGGGUCUGGGCGUCUUUGUAUACAUGUUUGGUUCCAAGAUUCGUUCAAUGACGCAGAAGUGGGCUCAGGAUGAAUAA